AUGCGUCUGUGUCACGUGAGCUCUGCUGGUUGCCGGCGGCUGUUUGCGCGGCUGUUUGCUUCGACGAAGGGAAUCUAUGGCCCCCCAGCAGCAGGCUGGCAGCAGCAAGCCCCCAGCGAGCUCCUGCUGCACUGCAGCAGAGGCCUACCCCAGCAGCAUCCUGCUGCUGCUCCUGCUGCUGCUGCUGCUGCUGCUGCUGCUGCUGCAGCAGCAGAAGGGGCAACGGAGACAGCUGUGCGAUGCCCACCAGGGACACCCCUGUGGCAGCUGCCGGCGCGGCUGCUGCAGCAGGCGGGGCUAGAGAAGCUGCGGGAUCCUCCGCAGCAGAAACAGAGCGAGGUAGAAGCAGCAGCAGCUGCUGCAGCAGCUGCUGCUGCUGCUGCAGCUGCUGCUGCUGCUGCUGAGGGAGCAACGCCACGAGUCGUCCCGCUAGCUGAGCUGCAGGGCUGGGGGUCCCCCGAGAUAUAUUCAGGCCGCUGGGUUGAAGAGGUGGCUUGUCUUGUCUUCGCCUCGACGGGAGGUCCGGGCGCUGUGGAGGCGCUGAUCGCCCUGAUGCGCAGCAGCGCCUUCCCUGCUGCUGUUGCUGCAGCUGUGCUGCGGGAGGUUGCUGCCGUUGCAGAUGCAGCAGAAGCAGCAGCAUCCACAGCAGCUGAGGCGGCAGCAGCAGCAGCAGCUGCUGCUGCAUCUGCUGCUGCUGCUGCUGCUCCUUCUGCUACCGAGACAGCCAAUACCGGCACGGAUGUCUCUACAGGUUCAGCAGCGAACAGCGAGACGCCAGAAGCAGCAGCAGCUGCAGCAGCAGCUGCUGCUGCUGCUGCUGCUCUCAAGGCCAAGGCUGCAGCAAUUGCAGCAGCAUUCGACAUGCGCAGCAGUGUCUUCGGCAAGUCUACACUGCAGCAGCAACUGCAGCAGCAGCUGCAGCAACAACUGCAGCAGCAACUACAGCAGCAACUGCAGCAGCAACUGCAGCAGCAACUGCACCAGCAACUGCACCAGCGCCUACAGCACCAACUACAGCAGCAACUGCAGCAGCAACUGCAGCAGCAACUGCAGCAGCAACUGCAGCAGCAACUGCAGCAGCAACUGCAGCAGCAACUGCAGCAGCAAAUGCAGCAGCAAAUGCAGCAGCAACUGCUGCAGCAACUGCAGCAGCAACUGCAGCAGCAACUGGCGCGUGUGUGUUUGUUUGUCCCCUUUUUCUUCAGAUUGUGA